AUGCCUCCUCCGAGACGCAAGGUGCUUGCGACAGCUGAAGAAACAUUGUUCCCGCCUGAUGAACUUUCACCGGGGCAAGAUAUCGCGCGAGUUAUUAAAGCCACCGGAAACAACAUCUACUCGGUCGAAUUUCCCUCAAAAGAAACGGCUCUGGUGGAACUCCCGGCUAAAUUCAGGUCCACCAUCUGGAUGAAGCGCGGUUCCUUUGUGGUAGUGGACACAAACGCUCUUGAUACUCGCGACAACAAGCUUGGGGGAGAAAUCGUUAACAUCGUCCGGGACGAAAAGGCCUGGCGCAAAACUCCGUUUUGGCCGAAACAGUUUGUGAAACAGCCUGUCGUGGUAUCUGACGACGAGGAAGAAUCAAACGUCGGAAAGAUGCCCUCCUCCGACGAAUCAGACGCAUAA